AUGGCUGACAUUUAUGUUGUUAAAUGUCCUCGCUGCGAGAAUAGUUUUCGGACGAGAAAAGCACUGGCAACGCAUUUCAGCAAAAAACACCCGGGAUAUGAGGUUCCCGAAAACAUUACGUUUUCGUUUGGAAAGAAGGAAGCUCCAACAGUAAUACCUCGACUUCUGAAGAAUAGAAAGCAUUACUUGCAGUGGCUGGCAGAAAUUGUAGAGUGUAUUAACUCUGCGCACAAUCCCAGUGUUCCAGGUUAGUAUAGAAUGAUGAUUUUCCCUCAGCCCCACCACUUAACCUGCGCCCAAGCUACAGUGCGAAAAGCCACGUGCACACGUUUCCUUACUCUUUUCCUCGCGUGUCGCCUACGAGUGUUUUCCGACGUGCGCGAGUAGAUACCCGUUAUACAACCAAAAAAGAAAACGAUAAGUGGGAUUUACCCGCUUAAUGAACGUUUCUCUUCGACUCAUCUCUGCUUGAGCAGCUCACUUUGUUUACCUUCAGAUGUUAUACAUCCCAUCGUCCUAUAAACUUUUAAUACUAUGAAUAAAAACAGGUCAAGGAUUAUAUAAGUUCACAAGUCGUUGGAGAUGUUCAUACUUUUAAUCUACUGUAUGUUUUAAUGUCAUUUCAGCAAGAUGGUGCCACUUCACCCAUACUAGUGUCAAGGUCGAAUUUUUUGGUCACUUACUAAAGAAGAUUGGAAGCGCCAGGCUUAAUGCGGUAAAAGAAUGCAGGCACUUAAAACCACCACUCUGGAGAGAAAAGGCGUUACGCAUGUCCUUCAAAACGUUCGAAAUGAGUGACCUGAAAAGAGCUCUGUCCGAGCAAGAAUCCGUGGAUUUGCAUGUAACAAAAUCGUUCAGUGGGUCCAAAGAAAUUGACGGCGCCCCCUCCCAGCUUUCUGGUCGCGCGGCCCUCGAGGCUGCUAAAAGGAAGCGAGUCCACCAACAAGCAUCUCUAAGGUCAGAAAUCAUUUGUGGGGAUGGAGAAGGAAGAGCAACCAGGGAAUGUGAACUGAUAUGGAGUCCUAUUUUUGACUCCCCAGACAAUGGCAUUCUCACUUUAAGAGUCUAUGUUGGCAAGGUCCACCUUUGA